AGGCACGUAUGCAUGCAGUGAAUAGCGACUUUGCCUCCCACGCCGCGCAAUGGCCUCCAAGAAGCUUCAGCAGGAAAUGGUCCAGGUCGACCGUUCCUCCUCCUCCUCUCCGUUCUGGCGCACCAAUUCGAACACGGCAACAUCGUACGACAGCAAGAAGGUCAUUGGAGCCUCCUACUCCCACGCCGACUUGCUCAAGUUUGAUUCUCUGUCCCUCUCCGGCGCACCUCGUCCCAGAACACCACCCUCCGCCUCCCGCAGCCGGGAUCCAAGCCUCCCACGAUCCGGACCUCUGAACAGUAUAUCACCGCCGCCACGAAAGAACUAUAGAGCAUUCCUCAGCGACACCAACCCCGACUGGGAGGCCGACGAAGACGCCGAUGACGAUGAUGUCGGGGAAACCACAUAUGACGAUGACGAGGACGAAUUUGGCCUUCCUAGUAUAGCGAACAUGAGACGGAAAGGAAAACGGAAACCACCAAACAAAAGAUACGACCCCGGCGGGACUCCAAGCCAUGUCCGAACUGGCUCCACGCAUACUCCGUUUUCCAUGUUCAGCGGCGACAUUGCUGAAGAGCGCGGCAUUCCAAACUACCCCACGGCAAAGAAGAGCGAGGGCAAGAUACUACGACCACAAUACCAAGAGAUUCUCCGCGAUCCUGCGAAUUCGUUACACCUAAUAUCCCAUUCUCCUCUCGCCUCAGGCGCUGCACCGAAAGAUGUAGAAGCACACGCCGCACGUAUAACGCGAAUCAACAAGUUCAAACGGAUACUACAAACAAGCACCAUCUCCCUCACUGAACUCCGCGCGGCCGCCUGGUCUGGAAUCCCCUCCGAAGUACGAGCCAUGACCUGGCAGGUCCUCCUCGGCUACCUCCCUACAAGCAGCGAGCGCCGAGUUGCAACCCUCGAAAGGAAAAGAAAGGAAUACCUAGACGGUGUUCGGAAUGCUUUUGAGCGAGGAACUUCGGGGAGCAGUGACCCAGUUGCAGCGGGUGUUGUAGGCGCAUCUUCGAAACCUUCUGCGAAUCGUGGUCGCGGCCGAGGUCUGGAUGAAUCGAUAUGGCAUCAAAUAAGCAUCGACGUUCCCCGGACGAACCCGCAUUUGGAAUUGUACAGCUACGAAGCGACUCAAAGGUCACUGGAACGAAUCUUGUAUGUAUGGGCCAUUCGGCAUCCCGCCUCUGGGUACGUACAGGGCAUAAACGAUCUCGUAACGCCCUUCUGGCAAGUAUUCCUAGGCGCCUACAUCUCAGAUCCAGACAUCGAAUUCGGCAUGGAUCCCGGGCAGCUACCUAAACCCGUCUUGGAUGCAGUCGAAGCAGAUUCCUUCUGGUGUCUCACGAAACUCUUAGACGGCAUCCAGGACAACUACAUCUUCGCUCAACCCGGAAUACAACGCCAAGUCUCAAACCUCCGAGACCUGACCACCCGAAUCGACAAAAAUCUAGCGGAUCAUCUUGCGAAAGAAGGUGUGGAGUUCAUCCAAUUCAGCUUCCGAUGGAUGAACUGCCUCCUCAUGCGCGAGAUCACGGUCAAAAACACUAUCAGGAUGUGGGACACGUAUUUGGCCGAAGACGACGGCUUUUCCUCCUUUCAUCUAUACGUUUGCGCCGCCUUUUUGGUGAAAUGGUCCGACCGUCUCCUGAAGAUGGACUUCCAGGAAGUUAUGAUGUUCCUGCAAGCUCUGCCUACCCGCGACUGGACCGAACAGGACAUCGAGCUUUUGCUCAGCGAGGCCUAUAUCUGGCAGAGUCUGUUCAGGGGGAGUAGCGCGCAUCUCAAGAACACGGGGAGUAAAAGCUUGGGUGGGGUGGGGAUGGGGCCGAACAGUUAGCUUGGGCGGGAUGUGUAUGUAAAUGAAGAACACGGAAACGAAGAAUGAGUAUGAAUCAGGAGCACUGAGGAUCGCGUGACUUUCAUUGUGUCUUGAGGAUGUGAGACUGUGGUAGCUGGACACCAUCGAGUUGCCAGGACACAGAUAUUCCCUAUAUAGGUAAGGCUUGGCGUAAGGGAGUGUGCAAAAGUCUUGAAUACAGAGCGAAAUUCUGUCUCUUGGCGUUUCUCAAGAGACAGCUCAAUAUGCAGGUGCUAAGAGACAGCUUCCCCUUUUCUACACUCAGCAGCCAAAAGUGUGUCUCGAACGUGCGGAGCCAGUCUUGAAAAGCUAUCAACUAACUGAUAGGGCGUCUCUAGCAACUGAAAUGGGAAUCAAAGUAGUAAUAAGUACAUAUUC